AUAUGAUGUGAUUUGUCGGAAUUAUUUUCAGGACUACAACAAACAGAUAGAACACAUCAGGAAGAGCAUCACAAAAUUUCCCGAAUUGUCAACACUCCACUUUGUUAAGUUCUGUACCCUCGACAACAGCCUCGGCAAUGACGAUACAGAUCUAGAAACAUUGCGAGGAUUCAUAACAGAAGCAGCGAAACACCAGGAUCAGUGGGAGAGAGAAAUUCCUACUACGUGGUUAAAGUUUGAACUGGAACUAUUCAAAGCCAGGAAACAGGGAACAAGAAUACUUAAACUGGCGGAGGUGACUGAAAUGAAUGAAAAAUCCAGUGCCCCAUUAAGUGAUGAAGAUGAGAUCAAACUUGCCCUGGAGUACCUUCACUGCACAAGGUCUGUGAUAUAUUUCCGGGAAUUCGACUUUGUCAUCAUUGACCCCCAGUGGCUUGCUGAUUUCUUCAGCAUCCUCCUUACCGAUGCCCAGUUUCUUCCAAAGAAUGAUCUGCUGCUUAAUCGAGACCUGGAGUUGUACAUUUCAAAGGGCGAGUUGACCCAAAACUUGAUUGAAGGUCUUCUCUGUAUGAAAAAGAACGAAGCGUUCGCUCCCUUCAAAACAGUCCUCCUUGCUCUGAUGGAAAAGUUUGGACUGAUAGUGAAAAUACUACUGUCGAAAACCGCCACAGAAGGUGCACAAUUCAGCGAAACGUAUACCAUUCCCAGCAAACUUAUGGAGCUACAAGACAUCGAUGGGCUUACUGAUGAAGUCAAAUCCCUCGAGCGCAGAAAUCGUGCUGUCUCUAAAACGUUAUGUUUUGUAUUUGAUGACGUCUACGUACCAUACGAGCUUUUCCACAGAGCAUUUGCCCAGGUUCUGAGGAAGUAUAAGACAACUUCACUGUCAACACAAUGCUUCGGGGAAGCGGCAGAAGGUAGCGAGUCGACGACAGAGAAUACAGAUUGUCUCUAUAUGGAUUUUGGAUGUUUUGAGGUCGACGACCUAACUAGAAUGAUCUUGUCCCUGCACGCAGAGAGGUCCACCAUAGCCGUGACAGUAUUCAGUCCCACGGAAUCUAAGCUUCCUGCCAAUUCUGGUAAACGUGUUAGGCUCUCUAUCGAAGGCAUUAUCCAGGAAACACUGCAAAUGAGUAACCAACAACACUUUCAGUACUCACGCCAACUACACUGCAACUUCCACCUGAGUCCUUACGAUACCCCAGUACAGCUGUACGGCAUCAUCUACGCAGAAAGGGGCGUGCCCUGUAAAGGCGGAGAAUGUCAAGGACAACAUCGUCUGUCAAAAAUAGACGCUGACUAUUGGGACGUCACAGAGGAUGUAAAGACUCAAGACAAAAACAGCAUCGCAGAAAGAAGGCCGACUCCCCGGGAACUUGGUCGUCUGUCACAACUAGUCGAUGUAUCUUCCUUUGAGAUGUUGUUUAUUGAGCUUGGCAUGACCUAUCCACAAAUCGAACAUGCCAAGAAAGAUUCGCUUGCCCUGGCGUCAAUCACACUGGUCACCAAGAUGUUUCUACAAUGGACAAGCAUCUACCCGAAUCAGACGUUCCAUGACAUCAAAAGGGCCAUGGAAAAUGUUAAAAUGGCAACGGAUCGCAUCUCUGAGGUUAUAGAAACGAACAUGAAAUCAUCUUGUCAAGGUAUUGUUCCAAACGAAGUCUGGAUCAGAGUCCCAUCUGAUGAUGAAAUAGCACAAAUUGUUGAAACUAUUGACAAGAAGUUUUUCAAUCUGUGUCUGGAGCUCGGACUGAUGCCUCCGGUUAUAGAUCAACAUCGGUGCCAGCAUAGCAACUUCAAGGAAAUUAUGGCUACUCUUCUUCGGUGUUGGAGAAUGAAAUACAGGCAGCAAGCAACUAUAGGCAGGUUGUUGACAGCGAUGGAAGUGUGUCAGAUGGACUGGCAUACAACGGCACAAACUUGGUCACAAUCUCAGAAGAAGCCAGGAAACAGGAGACGAAGAUUGAAAUGUCUCAUUUCCUAAGUCAAGAACAUUGACUAAACGUAUUGCUCCUCACAUGUUGUACAAACUCUUAAUAAACUUUCGUAAAAACGGAGAAACCAUACAUAGAUCAAUGAUAUAUCCAAGACACUCAGAGAAAAAAGUUUCACAAUGUGAUCGUACGGAAGCUGUGCCAGAUCAGUGACGGUGUUCAGUAAUCAAUGCGUAUGACAUUAUGUUCAGUGUAAAUUUAAACUCUCAUUCAGACAUUGAAUUAUUCCACCUACUAAUUGGUGGCAAAAUAAUGUAUGGACCAAAUACAUUAAUUUAGAGUUAACAUUUAUGUGGCAUCAUCAACACUAUUUCGAUCAAAAAUGCUUAAGACAUAUUUCCAAUGAUUACUUAAUUCUUUUGUGUAUAUAGUUAAACGCAAAACACGGUCAUGGCCAUGGCUGAUAAAGGUAUUUAUAAAAUACGUUUGCUGACACGUUUAAUUUUUGUAACAAACGAAAAGUCUUAGUUUUAUAAUUUAGAAUAAAAAGAUACCUGGUAUAUUUUUCCAUCAGUGAUUUUUCAGUUAUAGUCGCUUCAACUGAUGAUGCGCUGCUCUAAUUUUGCCAUAUCGUCUAUUUGAGUUUGCAUUUAAAAUCUUAUUCAUCAUUUUGACUACUUUAUUCUGUUCUUUAAAUUUUCUUAAAUGGGCAAAUAAAGAUAAUGCUACUAAUUAUAAAGAUCAUGAUUGUAAUAAGAUCAGAAUAAAUCAGCACAAUGAAUAGUUGUUUAUUAUCAAAUUAGAAAUAUAAUGAAGGAAUGAAUAUAUAUAUAUGUUUUUGUCCGCCCUCUGUAUGCAUGUUGCUCUAAACCUGGGAAGCUAAUAUUUUCCAUAUUUACGCUUGAUUCCAUUUGUCUACACUUGGAACAGUUUUUUUUAUGACAUAUAGAUUUAAUUUGUAUAUUUUUUUUUUUGCAUAGCUCAAUUGCAUUAUUAUCAUGGUUUAUUUUUAGUCUUUACAACAAAGGACGACAUUAUAAAAUUAUGAAAGUGUAAUAAUUUACGGGAGACAGUAGAGGAUUAGACGAAUUUUAUUCUCAUUUCACUGAUGUUUUUUUUUUAUCUAUGUCUAUGUUACUUUACAUAUUAUUUAUAAGUCCCCUACCGGUGAAAGAGGGUUGGUUUCUCUCCAUGUGUCAGUCAGUCUGUCUGUCAGUCCACUCAGUUUUUCUCAUCCAUGCCUCAAGGUAUGUUGGUAUGUACCUUCAAUAUGAGUAGCUAGAGAUUAAGUUCGAGUUUCGAGGUUUUUGGGUCAAGGUCGCUGUUAUUACUUUUAGCUGGGGCCGGUAGGGGACAUAGACAUGUAUUGCUUUAGCAAUACUCUCAGAAAGCUUGUUAUCAAACAAAUUCUGUAUUCUUACAUGUACCACGCUUGUCCAAGUCCGAAGUUUUAGAAUGGAGUACCUUUCUUCCGGAAUUAUCAAAAUCUGUUAUACAAAUUGUUCAUAGAGCUAAAAUGGAGUUACUUCUCUUUGUUUCGUAACAACUGGUUUUUCAAAAACCAGGACUUUUUUUUGGACGAUUUUACAAAAUCUGCCAUCAUGACCUCCGAAGACGUAUUCACCCAUAUUGUCUCGAUGGAAAGACAGUUCACCAUGCAGUUUGUAGAACUAAAUAUGAUAUUUUAUGUCUUUAUGUGAAGAUGUCUAUAUUCAUUUUAUUUUUAAAUGGCAUUACGUGAAGCUUAACCCAAUAAUCUUAACAUCAAUGUUUGCUAGCUUUCUUUUCUUGUGUUAUUCAUGCCAAUCAUUACAAAUGUUAUCAUUGCAUUAUUAAUAAUCUCUUAUUGAUUUGUAUUGUUUUGUAUUAAACGUGUAUUAAUAACAAAUAAUUCAUUUUUUGUACUUGAUUAUUUGAUUAUAGGUUUUGAUUUCGACGGUAAUAAAAAGUAAGAUAUAACUGAU